AUGUCCCUCGUCGAACAAGCCAAAAAGGCAGCCGCCUACCGCGCCGUAGACGAACACCUCGCCCCAGGCGCCCGGUACGUCGGCAUCGGCUCCGGCAGCACAGUCGUCUACGUCGUCGACGCCAUCGCCGCAAAGGGACCCGCGUUCUACGGCGACAUGACCUUCUUCCCGACGGGCAGCCAGUCAAAGGGCCUCAUCCGCGCCGCGGGCCUGCGCCUGUGCAACCUCGACGACAGGCCCCUCGGCCCGGACGGCAAGCUCGUCGCCAUCGACGUCGCGUUCGACGGCGCCGACGAGGUGGACGCCGAGCUUAACUGCAUCAAGGGCGGCGGCGCGUGUCUUUUCCAGGAGAAGCUUGUUGCUAUCGCCGCCAAGAAGUUUGUUGUUGUCGCUGACUACCGCAAGCUCUCCGCGAGACUCCUCACAAACUGGAAGGCAAUCCCCAUCGAAGUCCUCCCGAUGUCCGCCCCGGACGUGCUGGACAGACUCACGGCCCUCGGCGCCGUCAAGCCCGCCGUCCGGCCCGGCGCUCCCGGUAAAGCCGGCGAAGUCGUCACCGACAACGGCAUGUGGCUCAUCGACGCGCCCUUCCCGCAGCUCCUGCUCUCUUCAGACGUCUCCGAUGGCGGCAGCGCCCGGAACGCCAGCGGCGCGUGGGAGGUCUCCGCGCUCGCCAAGGAGCUGCUCAUGAUCCCCGGCAUCGUCGAAAUCGGCAUCUUCCACGGCCUCAACGGCGUCGAGGCCGCCGCGGCUGGCAAGGUCGGGUUGGCGCAGAAGCCCGUGGCUGCGUACUUUGGUAUGGAGGAUGGUAGCGUCAAGGUUACGGGCGGCUCUUCAUAG